AUGGAUCCAGAGGACCUCACACACAUAAACAAUCUGCUCGACCAUGAUGCUGACUUGCGAGAGAAAAUCAAGGACCAUGUUACAGACUUUGACAAGAAGUCGAGAACGAUGGUCGGCUUACUGAACAAAAUACACUCGACACGGUCGUCAGAUAUUCCGCCUCUGCUUGAUACCGUCCGUCCCGUGUUGCACUCAUGCCGAGAAACUUCCGCCGCCCUUGCCGAUCUAGUUCCUGCUGACCAGUUCUGGAGAUGGAAAGAUAUGUGGAGCAUGUCUCUACGACAAUCUGUGUUCUCUGCUAUCCUUAUCGAAUACCUCACGAAUGGCACGCUACUCUCAAUGGCGGUGACCAGCGACCAACUGGGCAUUCGAGGAGAGUGGAAGGAUAGAUUCGUGCUCAGCGUCGAGGAUUAUCUUCACGGGGUUAUCACUAUGGUCAAUGAACUGUCACGAUUUGCCGUCAACGCCGUCACUUUAGGAGACUUUGAAGCUCCCAUCAAGAUCUCCAUCUUCGUGAAGGAUCUUUUCGCAGGCUUCUCCAUGCUUAACCUGAAGAACGACACGCUUCGCCGCCGAUAUGAUAGCCUGAAGUACGACAUCAAAAAGAUUGAGGAAGUCGUAUACGACGUUUCCCUCAGGAAACUGGCCUCACCACGAGCAAAAGACCCAGCGACGGGCGCUGAAAAUUAAGACCGACCAUGUACUGUAUCAUCUGCUCCCAGUCACCCAGUGUAGCCGUAGAUUCCAGGAAUUGCUGUCGCAUGACGAAUAUGUUGUUUUGAAGAUCGAUAGGAUAACGGAUGAAGGGGGAUAUGAAUGAAUCGUGCGCGAAGAAUGUAUGAGUGGAAAGUAUCGAUGAGGGCUGCUAGCACUUUCGCCGAGAGCGUAUCCGCUUUCCAUUCUGUACCGACGGUCCUCGCCCUCUAAUCGUCUUUUUGGGCUGCACUUCGUGUGCGAACGUUUCUGGGUCUUCACCCAACCGGUACUUCUGCAAAGCCCACAGAAGAUACCUGCGAUCCUGCACAGCCAUGCCGCUCUUCUUGAGCUUAAGUCCAUCAGAGUUCCACAUCUCAUCCCAGCUCUCAAAGGUUAUUUUGCUGUCGCAUGAGCGUCCAAUGGCCUUGAGGAAGUCCUCCGAGGUCGCUAUGGAUCCUCUUGGCGGCGGCACUGUAGCAGAAGCUGCUGACGUAGCUAGUGAGCGCGAUAAUGAAGGGAGAAAAGAGCGAAAUCGCGAAGCUAGAGCGGAAGACAUGGUAUGGCAGAGUC